AUGGAGACAAUGAAUGGUACAUGGAUGAGUGAUUUUUACCUGACUGAACUGUCUGAUCUCCCAGAAGUACGAAUUUCCCUGUUUGUGAUGAUUCUGCUGAUCUACCUAGUUACCCUGGCAGGGAACGGGGCAAUCCUCCUGGCAAUAGGGACUGAUGACCACCUCCAGACCCCUAUGUACUUUUUUCUCAGCAAUUUGUCUUUGCUGGACAUUCUUUGCCCAACAGUCACUGUGCCAAAGAUGAUCCAAAUAAUUUUGUCCGAAGACAAGAGAAUAUCAUUUGGGGGUUGCAUGUUGCAAUUAUUCUUUCUGAUUGAUGUGGUGGGCACUGAAAUUUUCUUACUAGCAGUGAUGGCCUAUGACCGCUAUGUGGCUAUAUGUAGCCCUUUACAUUACACAAGCAUCAUGAGUAAACGGGUUUGUGUUCAGCUGGCUGCUGGAACCUGGCUGACAGGAUUCAUCAAUUCCAUGGUUCAUACGUCUCUGACUUUUACAUUAUCUUUUUGUGGGCUGAAUAAAGUUAACCAGUAUUACUGUGAUAUCCCACCAGUGAUGGCUCUCUCUUGCUCUUCAACAUACCUCCCUGAACUAGUCCUUCUUCUUGUAGCUGGCAUUUUAGGAAGUGGUGCCUUUCUUGUCACCCUGAUUUCUUACAUCUAUAUUAUUUCUGCCAUCUUGCGCAUGCCCUCUGCUGAGGGAAGGCACAAAGCCUUUUCCACUUGUGGGUCCCAUUUGACUGUAGUUUGCUUGUUCUAUGGGACCACCAUUGCUACCUAUGUCCGUCCCACCUCAACCUAUUCUCCAAAGCAGGAUAGAAUUAUUUCCAUGUUAUAUGGGGUGGUUACUCCUAUGUUGAACCCUAUGAUCUACAGUCUGAGGAAUAAGGAGGUAAAAAGGGCCUUGGUCAAAGUACUUAGUUCUAAAAGGUUUUAG